AUGUUCUGUUGCCCCACGCCUCCGGUCUCAUCGGAAGCAUGCAGGAUGGGCCCAGUGGAGCAGACGCAGUUUGUGAAGCUGAUACAUCAGAGCUGUCCAAACGUGUAUGGAUAUGCCUAUGAUGAUGCGGUUGGUCUUCAAGUGUGCCCUUCGGGGACCACCUACACCUGGAGCAUCGGUUGCCCGACCGAGCCUAAGGCCUGUCCGAGCAGCGCAGAGUGGGUCGCUCUACUUUUAGCGCUGCGGACCAGUCACCGGCACUUGCAACCGGCGGCGCUGCUGAUUGCCGGUAGCCUUGAAACAGCUCAAAAGGCCAAAGGGGGCGAUUCAGAGGUGCCUCAGGUUCCGAACGUGCUCUUCCCGGACGACUGGAAAUAUCGUGGGCAUCGUUGGCCGCAGCUUCUGUUCCUGACGCAGCAAGAGACCGAGUUUGCUCGUCGGAUGACCUUCUCUUUGGUGGUCGGUGCCUUGCUGGGACUUGAACGUCGAGAAUCCAAUCGAGGUGCAGGUGUCCGCACGAUGAGCUUAGUGUCUUUGGGCGCAUGCAUCUUCACCAUUGGAUCGCUCUAUGCCUUCGAAGCCGGAACCCAGACUUGGGAUUCCUCACGGGUCUCUGCCGCCUUGCCUUCAGGAGUGGGGUUCUUGGGUGGAGCUUUGAUCUUCAAGGAUUCAGGACAAAUUAAGGGCCUCACCACGGCGUGUGGCGUGUGGCUCGCCUGUGCCGUGGGCAUGUGCUGUGGUGGCGGGAUGUACUUCGUGGCCUUCUUCGGGGUGGCGGGUGUGGUGGCCAUCCUGCGCUUCGGGCCACGUUCGCCGAUGCCGGAGGAUGAGGAGGAAGCGGCCGAAGCAAAGGCGGUGGGACCGGUGGUCUCUGAAAGUGGCCUGGAGGAACCACUGGUGAAAAAGAAGUCGGGUCUACCUGGGCCGAAGAAAACCACCCUGCUGGUCAGCGAUGAGUAG